AUGGACACUCAUCAGGGGCUGGACAUGAAAAAGAGAGCAGGACAAGCCAAUGGACAGUGGGAGAGCUGGGGGAAGCCAGGUAGGACCGGAGACCACCCAAAAAGCGGGGGGGAGGACGGGGACGACACACGACCAUCCGGCUCCCGGCUUCCCCACUCGCCCCCCCUCGAAGCGGCGGAGUCCCCUCCUCCCGGGAGCUGCGGCCCGUCCCCGGGGGACGGCGGGCCCCGCGGGGAGCUGGGGGGCGGUGGGGGCUCGGCCCGGGCCGCGGCCCGCGGGAAACUUCGGCGGGGAACGCCGGGCCUUGCCCCGCCGCCGAGCCGGGCUCCUUGCCCCGAGCCGGGCCGGGGGAGAAGCGAGCGGAGUUUCGCAGCGAGAAAGCGGCCAGGCACGGGAGGAGAAGCCGCGGGGGGGGGGGGGGGGGGGGGGGGGGGGGGGGCGGCGGGACCUCGCAGCUUUCCCCGCGGGCUUCUCUCGCCCGCCGGCCCGGAGCCCCCCUCCCCCGGCGGUGCUCCGAGCCCUGCCCGCAGCGACAGUCUCUUAACGAAAGCGAAACGCGGGGCUGCCGGCGGCGGGGCGGUGCGGGCAGCGGGCUGGCACCGAAGGAGGGCGGGCGGGCGGGCGGGGGGUGUGGGGGGAGCCGAGGCGGCGGGAGGCACCGAGAAGUGGCUGGAGUUGGGAGGAUGCGGCGGCGGCUGCAACUUCGCCGAAAACACACGGAGAGACGCAGACGCUGCCGGCACGGGGAGGGAUCAGGUUGCAGUAGAAAUAAGCUCCGGAGGCGAACGGGCGUUUGGAGCAAAGUGCGGCUGCGGAAGGAGUGCGAGGGGGAUAACCGUGCCCAGGACAGAGGCGGAGAGACCGAGCGCCGGGCGGCCCCGCGGGAGGCGAGAGCUGAACGGGAGGCGAGGGGGGACGAGAAGCUGCCCGCUACUGUUUGAUUGCUGGAAAAGGUUGACUGCUAGAAAAGGAAAACCAGUGCAGUGCACAGCAGUGGGGAAUCGAAGCCCUUCUUUACCAGAACCCCUGCCAUAUACGUACUGUCACUCACCUUCCAGACACUCAGUACAACCAUUCAAUCUAUUGAAUCAAGAGACUGUUUGAUCUUAUCUGCAUCUGUGAGCUGACUGUCAACCUGCUUAGGCUGCAUAUUAAAUCAUCUAU